AUGGCUGAGCAGGGCACUACAGUGGAGCUGUACAUAUAUGAUCUAACUAAUGGACUUGCCUCAAUACUCUCACCCUCUAUACUGGGGCGUCAGAUCGAGGGCGUCUGGCACACUGCCGUUGUGGUGUAUGAUCGGGAGUUCUUCUACGGCGGAAGCGGUAUCACGAGCUGCGCACCGGGCAGUACGCAGCUCGGGCCGCCACACCGUGUGGAACGUCUCGGAGAGACCUUCGUGCCCUUCCAGGUGUUCAGCGACUACAUCCAGGGUCUGUCGACCACUACCUAUAGUCCCUCGGCGUACAACCUGCUGGAGCACAACUGCAACCACUUCAGCGAGGAGGUGGCGCAGUUCCUGUGCGGCGCGCACGUGCCCAAGCACAUCGUAGCGCAGCCCGACGACCUGCUGGCGCCGGGCGCGCGCGCCGCGCUGCAGGCGCUGCUCGACAGCCUCGUGCCGCAGGCGCAGACGGUGUACGCCAACGGCGGCGCGCGCAGCGCUCGCGCCGACAGCCCGGACUACCUCACGCUCAACUCACAGAUAGAAGAAGUUCGAGCGGCGUCGCAGGAGCUGGGCGCGCGGCGCAGCACGCUGGCGGAGAAGUUGGCGCGCAAGGAGCGCCGCCGGGACAAGAAGCGCAAGAAGCAGGGCCGCGGCCGCGGGGACCAGGCCGACGAUGAAGACGAGAUGGCGGAAGCUGUAGAGACGGCGACGGCGGGCGUGCCCGAGGAGUUGUCCCGCGCCGGGCCCAGCUCGGAUGCACUCGAUGCUGAGGCAGACGAGAGGCGCGAGGAGGAGCUGCGCAAGCGCAACCGAGACCCACCCAUCGUGUUCAAUGAUAUCGACGGUGUGCAAGAAUUUGAAAAGUUUUCAAAGGCAUUGGAAAGCGUGGAGCUUACACCGGAGGAACGACAGAGCGUCGACGAGCUGCAGCAGUACCUCGUGCAGGGCGAGGGCAGCUGGGUGCUGGGCGACGACUUCCUGGCCUUCAUAGGGCGCGUGCUGCGCGACGCGGCGCUGGCGGCGGACGUGCGCGUGUGCGCGCUGCGCUGCCUGGCGGCGGGCGCGCUGCGCGACGACGUGUCGCUGCUGCUGCACCAGGACCGGCGCCACCACGCGCUGCUCAACUACGCGCACGACGUGGAGCGCCACUCGCCGGCCGAGCAGCUCGCGCUGGCCCUCUUCCUGUGCAACCUGUUCGAGAACGUGUCGUCGUCGGAGUGGCUGCUGUACAUCAGCGAGUGGGACCACGACGGACAGCCGCUCUCCAACAUCCGCGCCACCACCAAGGUGACGGUGCACAGCGCGCUGAGCGGCGACGCGGCGCUGCGCGACGUGGGCACGGCGCUCAUGUACAACAUCGCCACCAAGGAGGUAAAGACCGUGGUGUUCGACGAGGUGUGCGUGGAGCUGGCGAUGGCCCUGCUGCAGCUGCUGGCCUGGGCGCCGCCCGAGGAACUGCUGUGGCGCGCCACGCGGGCGCUCGCUCGCUUCGCCGCGCACUCGCACGACGUGCCGCAGCUCAUCGCCAUGGUGGGGCCCGACCCCGCCGCCUUCAGGGGCACGAGCCCGCGCGUGGACGAGCAGAUAGACCUCAUCAUGAAGAGAGUGAAGUGA